AUGCCUGGGCCACGCGAAGUCGCUGGAGGCAAAGGCGCUGGAACAGCAGCAAACGGGACGGAUAGCGAGAUACAACAGGCCUCGUCCCAACGAUCCCGAAAGAGAAGUCGAUAUACGCCUCAUGCGUGUGAAAAAUGCAAAGCCGCAAAAGUGAGAUGUGAUGGGCGCCUUCCCUGCAAACAUUGUGCUUCUCGAGAAGCUACUUGCCAUUACAGCGCUCAGGCGCCUCCCAACUUCCAUGUCUAUGAGCAUUGUCCAGAACCUGACCACAGUAGAGAUGAACGAAAAUUUGAAUCGGAGGUUUCGUCGCUUCUCCAACAACAGAACGAGAAGCUAGAUCUUUUGAUCAAAAAGACGGCCGCCAUUGAAGCUGCUUAUGAAGCAGCCGAGAAUCGUCUCUCAAAAGCCGACCCCGGAUUCUCUGCUCAGAAACAUGUUUUGCCCCUCUUUCAAACAUCCACCAGCGCUUUCUUUUGCAUCAACGUCAUCGAUGCAGGUGUCAGGAAGCUUGGACUUGACUUCUCACAUGGGCAAAACUCGCCUCGAGGGUCUACUGCUACGCAAGCACGCACCUCCUUGUCUAUCAUUCACGGUGAGGUAUUCGAUAGCGAGUCAAGUGACAUCAGCCGAAGUGAAAUAGAGCAUGUGGCAGAAUCAAUUUCAGAGGCGAGCGUAAGGAGUCAAAAUGCUUCUACGCCAGCCAAAUCGAUAGAUCCGCUCAAAGAUAUGGAUCGCAACCUCCUUUGGCAGGGAGUGCAGGCCUUUCACAAUCUGGAAUGGGUCAUGUAUCCUAUCCUAGACAUUUCCGACCUCGAGGAAGUCGCAAAACACCUCUUGGACGCCGCAAGCGGUCUUUCAGGCCGUGGAAAGACAUACGCCAUUGGCAAAGGAGAUUUGGCCAUCCUGAAAAUUGCAGUGGCAAUUGGCCUUCUUGCAGAAGGUGAUAUCCAUCAAAGGUUGACCUCUAGACUGUUACAGUCUCUUCACUCAGAGAUCGAAACUAUGAUAUGGAGUGCUGCAGUUGACCUAAAAGACCUGGUGCUAAUGACCUUGGUGAUCUUAUACCACCUACACUGCGCUCGGUGGAGAUUGGCAUGGAGAUUCACCAUGAACGUCAGCCGAAUCAUACUUGAGCUGGGUCUGAACCGAAAAAUAGUGCUUGAUCGCUCUUUCCCGGACAUCAAGAGCCGAUCGCAGGCAAUCAACACUGUUUGGACGGUGUUUGUGCUCGAGCAGCAUCUAAGCUAUGCCUUGGGCUUCUCCAAUGCAAUGCAAAAUCUGCACCCGGAGCCGAACUUCCCUCAGCCAGUCGAAGCGCCCUUUUUGCAGCUCAUGAUUGAGUACGCAAGCAUCGGAAAACAGUCCUGCGACGCCCUCUUGAAUGACAAGGUCUUGAAUGCGGAACAUCUUUCGACCUUUCAGGAUGACUAUGCAUACUUUCUCUACAGAGUAAACUCGUGGGCGACUCGGGCUUGCGAAAACUUUGAAGCCUUCACUCUUAGUGACAGCGCCAGCCUUGGACUCCAAAUGGUCUGUACGACUCUACACAUACGAGCCAACCACCUCAGGACGCUGAUAGCUCGAGCUUUCCUUUGCUCUGGCUUGCGUAAUGCCGCGCCCCCAGAUAUCUGGACUACCUCAGUGGAAAUUGCCGCGGACACGGUCAAGGUUCUUACUCAGCUGGAUUCUUUCAAGCAGGAAUACCUUUUUCACCAAGCGCAAUUCAAUCACUUUCUCAUUUCUGCUUUGGACGUCCUGCUUUUUGCCACUACUCACAAAUCAGCUGGAGUGGGAUCGCCUUCCGCCAACGGUGAGGAGCUUUCAGUUCCCGCCGAUAUCGCUCACAAGGCUCGACAGAGUUCAACAAUCGCGCUGGCCCGUCUUCAAAGAUUGGCUGAGACUUCGGUUCAGUCAAAGUACCUGUGGGAAAGAGUUCGACAUGUAGCCUCGCGUCUCAAUUUUUCUGACCACCUCUUCGCUGCAGCAGGUCCCGAGGCUGAGGUCCUCCCUGCAUUGGAGUCCGGGAUUGAGAUUUCCGAACACACAAAGACCGUCACUGAGACCGGAAUCGGCCUCAACUCAAUGCCUCUCGCAGAAUUUGGUUUAGGCAACGGCGAGAAUGGCUUAAAUUUCCCAUUCCUAUCGGAAGAUCCAACCGUGUGGGAAUUCCAGCUGCCCUCCUCUUCAGAAGCUGACUUUGGCUUGCCUCAAGACCUUGGAACCUUGGUCAACAAUUUGUGGAUGCCUUGA